GUGUUUAUUACAUAAGCCAACAACGCCACUGCAGCCGGGGUCACAUAAAGAUUAACAUUAACGAUAGGACUUAGUGGCAAUAAACAAACCUUUAGUUUCUAUAGACCUAAUGGACCAAUGAUCCAUCAGAUUUAAUAACAAGGCUUUAGUGUGGUAUAGUGAAUGCGGUAAAGUACAUUAAAUCAUUUAAAAUGUUAAGGGUAGGAAGUAAGUGUAUUGCGAACCCACCAGAAAAAGUAUUAAGUCUGCUUAGUAGCUGUAAUUGCAAGAGACUAUAUAGUAAUGAGAGUAGUUUACCGAGGCAAGCGGAAGUAGUUGUUAUAGGUGGUGGAGUAACGGGAUGUAGUACUUUUUACCACUUGACAAAGAGAGGCAUCAAGCCAAUUUUGUUGGAAAGCAAUAAAAUAACCAGUGGAACUACGUGGCAUACUGGUGGUUUAGUAUGGAGUUUAAGACCCAGCGAUACAGAUAUACAAGUUUUGCGACGAACAAAAGAAAUCUUAACGGAACUUGAAAAAGAAACAGAAGUUGACCCUGGAUUCAUUAACAACGGUGGCAUAUUUAUUGCUAGAAAUACCGAGCGACUAGAAGAAUAUAAACGUCUACAUACGUUAGGUCAUUAUUUCAAUAUAGAAAGUCAACUGAUAUCUCCAAAAGAAGCUCAGAAACUGUGCCCUAUUCUUGAACCAACUUCAUUUUAUGGAGCUUUGUAUUCACCUACAGAUGGUUAUAUUGAUCCGACUCUGUAUACUAAUGCACUUCUCAAAGCAGCCACAACUAAUGGAGGCAAGGUUUUCGAAAACACCAUCGUCACGAAAUUACUCACCGAAGAAACAAGUCAAGGAUUAAAAAAAAUUGUCGGAGUUGAAACAAAUAAAGGAACAAUCAAAACAAAUACCAUCGUUAAUUCAGCUGGGGCAUGGGGUAGAAAAAUUUCAAACAUGGUCGGUAUAGAAAUACCAAUUCAGCCAAUGAAGCACUCUUAUGUUAUCACACAUACAAUAGAGGGUGCCAGAAAUUGCGCCUCUAUAAGAUGUCAUGACAGUUCACUAUAUUUCAGACCCCAAGGCGACUCAAUUCUGUUUGGAGGAUACGAAGUUAACCCAGUAAUUCUCAAGGAGGUGCCAGAUGAUUUUGAUUUCAAACUUUUCGAACUUGAUAAGAGCAUUUUCGAAUCGCACUGGAAGAAAGCAACGGAAUUAUGUCCCAUUUUCACAAAAGUCGGUAUCAAAUCAGACGUAUGUGGCCCAGAAUCGUUUACACCAGACCACAAACCAUUAGUUGGCGAAGAUCCUAUAGUUGUAGGAAUGUAUCACAACGUUGGAUAUAACUCAUUAGGCAUUAUGUUAAGUGGUGGAGUAGGAGAACAGCUUUCUUACUGGAUAGCAAAUGGAAGACCAGAUUGGGACAUGCACUCUUUCGAUAUUAGAAGAUUCUCACAAAAGCAGAAACCUGAUAUAGCUUGGGUGAAAGAAACCAGUCACGAAGCUUAUGCAAAAACAUACAACAUUGUUUACCCGUAUGAUCAGAAAUUAUCUGGAAGAAAUUUACGUAUCGAUCCAUUCCAUGAGCACCUGGUAGCAAGUGGUGCCGUAAUGGAAGAAGCUUUAGGUUGGGAGAGACCGGCUUACUUCAUCAAAGAAGAUCGGACGGCACCUGUGAGGGGCUACGACUGGUACGGAAAUUAUGAUCAUGUUGUAAACACUGAUCAACGAUACGUGAAAGAAUUGGAAAAAGAUCUUACGUUUGAUUUUUCGAGAAAUCACGAUAUUAUAAAAGAGGAAGCUCUUGCUGCCAGGACUAACGUGGCACUGUUCAAUUUGUCAUGUUAUACUAAGAUGUACUUAGCAGGACCAGAUGCUGAAGAAGCCGCGGACUGGCUAUUCACGACACAUUUGAGUGAUAAAGCAGGAAAAGUACAUUAUACAUUAUCUUUAAAUUCCAGAGGAGGGAUUGAAUCUGACGUUACAAUCACUACAUUGGAAGAAGGGGGUGGAACUCUCGUAGGGCCUAUUUUAAAAGGUAAAGGAUACUAUAUUGUUGCUGGAGGUCAAUCAGGCUAUCACACAAAAUGUCACUUAAGGAAACAGUUAUAUAAGAAGAACUUUAAAUCUCGAUUGUCGGAAAUUACGGAUAGAUUAGGCAUAUUAUCUAUACAAGGUCCGCAAAGCCUUGAAUUGUUGCAAUCUAUUACGGAAUCGCCUAUCACACAUGACCGGUUUCCACCAGGGAUGUCACACAUCAUAAAAAUCAAUAAACACAAUUGUCGUGCAAUGAGAAUAAGCUACAUAGGAGAAAUGGGAUUCGAGCUUCAUAUUCCGUAUGCCAGCUGUGUCAACGUCUACAAUAAAAUCAUCGAGGCCGGCAAGGGAUUCGACUUGACUCUUGCAGGAUUCAGGGCUUUGGAUGCCCUAAGCUUAGAAAAAGGAUAUCAUUUAUUGCAUCAAGAUAUCCGAAUAGACGAUAAUCCAGUCGAGUCUGGAUUACUACAGUUUUGCAGGAGAGAUGGACAGUAUCAAGGAAAAUCUAUUGUAGAAAAGAUCAAACAAGAGGGUGUAACAAAAAGAAGAUGUUUUUUCACCCUUGAAGAUAACGUUGCACUUUAUGGACUAGAAACCAUUUGGCGAGAUGAUAAAGUGGUUGGGUUCUUAAGAAGGGGUAAUUAUGGAUUUUCUUUGGAUUGUCCUAUUGGAGUUGGCUAUGUAAAACAUCCUAAAGGGAAACCUGUUGAAAAUGAAUUCUUGCUUACAGGCGAUUAUCAAAUUGAAGUUAGAGACAAAAAGUAUCCAGCCACUCUAUAUCUAAGUAGUCCAUUUGAUCCAACCAAUCAGAGACUCUACGGAAAAUACGAAAAUCAGUUUGAAGAGCAAUCUCAUUUUGAAGACUGAAAUGUGUUUUAUUUUUUUAUAUGUUAAAUUUUACUUGCAGUUUCAAGUAUGGUACUUGGAAUGCUAGGCCUGAAAAUGUAAUAUUUUUGUUAAUAACGUAUUUUUUAAUUAUAAUGCUAUAAUUUAGUAUAGUUAGAAGAAUUUAUUAUUCACUUUACAUAAUUGUACAAAUAAAAUAACCACAGAUAUUA